CUUAAUUAACACUUUUGCUCAGCACCAAGUCUUGCACUACCUUAAUACACACUACUACUGACGCCAACUCAACGGUUGACCGGAAAGAAGAUCAAAAUGGCUGCCGUAUUUCCACAGUCGGCGGAGUCCUCUUUCGAGGAAAAGAUAGCUGCUCUGCAAAGCACUCCACUCUUUAUGAAAUCUCUCCCCCCAGAAGGAUCUGACGACCCUGUGAUUCAAGCCUUACAAAGCCUCGCCUUCGACGGAACGCCAGAUGAGAUCGCUCAAAAUUUCAAAGAGCAAGGAAACGACUACUUCAAGGGAAAACGCCACCGAGAAGCAAUAAGCUUCUACACGCAGGGAAUUGAUGCCAAGCCAUCUGAUACUGUAUUGCACGAAGCUCUGUUAUGCAACCGUGCCGCGUGCAACCUCGAACUAAAGAACUAUGGUUCCGUGCUCCGAGAUUGCUCAAACGCGCUCAUUCUGAAUACGAAAUCUUCAAAGGCCUAUUACCGCUCCGCUAUGGCAUUAUUCGCGCUGGAGCGCUAUGAAGAGUCCCUCGAUUGUUGCGAGAGGUGUCUGGAGUACGACCCAGAAAACAAAGGAGUCAGAUCAGUCCGCGAUUGUUCCGCAAAAGCGAAGGCAGAGAAGCUCCGCAAAGAGAGUGAAAAACAGGAACGAAUACAUAACGAACAAAGAGUCAAGAAGCUCCUGCAGAUAGCGUUCAAGGAACGACAUUUAUUUGCCGUCUACAACCCGAAAGGGUCAUCAGAGAACCCAUAUGAGCCCCACUUUGAUCCAGAGGACCCCGAAGGAACUACCCUGAUAAUCCCCGUGUUCUUCUUGUAUCCACAAUAUGCGACAUCAGACGUCAUAGCACAUUUUGUCGAAGAUACCACCUUUUCGACUCAUAUUGUUCAAAUGUUUCCGCCGCAGGCACCUGCACCCAACUGGGAUAAAGCUGGGCAGUACGUUGCGAACACCCUCGUGGUUUACGCGAUAACAAGAAGGAAGCGGCUACUCAAAGUUGGCAAAAAGAUGUCAUUGAGGGACGUGUGCAAUGCCGCGAAGGCGAAAGAAGGGGAGCCUGAUGAUGGGUUGGAGUUGAAAGACGGGUGUUUGACGUUUGUUGUUGUUCCAAAGGGAGAGGUAGAGCAGAAUUGGACCCAUCGCAAAAAAAAAGACAUCGACGAAGGCGUCAAGCUCGCCAUGUCUGUCAACCACAAGAUCCUCCGUACCGCAAAUGCACCCACUACCUCCCCUGAUGAAACCGAGGUUUCCGUCGCUCAGGCCCUAAUCGACCUCGAGAACAAUGUCCCUGAACUCAAGACUGAGCUGCGCGCUCUACAAAUUUCUGCCGCCCGUGAAGUUGAUGUACGAGGUGGAAAGAAGGCUAUCGUCAUAUUCGUUCCCAUUCCCCAACUGAAGGCAUUCCACAAGGUGCAGCAGAGACUCACCCGUGAGCUGGAGAAGAAAUUCUCUGACCGCCACGUCGUUUUCGUCGCUCAGCGCCGGAUGUUGAGCAAGCCUACCCGUAACUCGCGGGUGAAGCAAAAGAGACCCCGCUCUCGUACACUCACCAACGUACACGAGAAGAUCCUCGAGGACCUUGUCUUCCCGACGGAGAUUGUUGGCAAGAGGACUCGCGUAUCUGUUGACGGAUCAAAACUUUUGAAAGUCAUUCUUGACCCUAAAGAUGCGACAUCUCUUGAGUAUAAGCUUGAUUCGUUCUCUUCAGUAUACCGCCGCUUGACGGGCAAGGAUGUGACGUUUGAGUUCCCACCGGUAAACCAGGAGUAGAUUACGCGUUAUCAUGACACAUGUUCCGGUUCCCUGCAUUCCCCGACAAAAAUAAGGACAUGCCGCUUAUGUCUUGUUUACGUUCUGUGCUGUGAUAAACGUGUCAUUGUCAAAGACUCAAAGCGCUGCAGCGCUGAGUGCUAAGCACUUCAAAGUUCAGUGCCUGCUAAAGAGAAUGUAGCGCGUCUGGC